AUGGGAGUUCCAAAAUUCUUUCGUUGGCUUUCCGAGCGCUACCCCAAGGUUAUCCAGCGGCAUGGCUGUCCGCCCAACGCAGAAACGACGCAGGAGCAUUUUGGCACCGAUCCGCCCGCGAACAUGCCGAAGCCCGAUCCAUUGUCGACUUGCGGUCUAGCCCCCGAAAUCGAUCGCCUUUACAUCGACAUGAAUGGAAUCAUUCACGGCUGUUCGCACAAUAACAGCGAAGCCGAAGAGAACGGGGAAGAAGGUGUUGCCAAUAUUUCGGAAGACGAGAUUUUUCGCAAUAUCUGCUAUUAUCUGGAUAGGGUCGUCAAGGACAUUGCCAAGCCCAAGCAACUCGUGUACAUGGCAAUUGAUGGUGUAGCGCCCAGAGCCAAACUCAAUCAACAGCGGUCCCGUCGCUAUCGUUCGGGAAAAGAAGGUGAGAUUGAGCGGACCGUCUACGAU